UGCCAAUCUGCAAUUUUAUGGGGGACAACUGUCUCUGGCAGCCAGGGUACUUGUAGAUUGUAAUCAGACAUAGAAAUAUCUAACGUCAUAGAUACAACGUUCAGGUAAUUUAGCUGAUAAUAUAAUCUCGUGACAUUUUUCAGUAGACAAGCAACCUUGCAAAACCAGCAGUCAGUAGAAAGGCAAGACAGCUAACGUUACUGUUAGCGUAGCUAGCGAACAAACACAUAUUUGGGGGUUUAACGUAAUGAAUAAAAAUGACACAACAACAUACAGUGUACAACUGUGUAUAUAUACGACCUGUCAAGAGGAGUGGCUCGCAAUCUCAGCCCCAUCAUGUUAGGGUGGAACAAUGCUUGGUUCCCAAGACAUUGUGGUGGAAUGUGGAAACACAGAGGUGACAGAGGAGAUCUUCAUGGACUACCUGUCCUUGCUAGGAGAGAACACAUACAGUGGUGACAAGUAUAGGUUGUUUGAGCACAACUGUAACACCUUCACUACUGAGGUGGCCCAGUUCUUAACAGGCCGGAAGAUCCCUUCUUACAUCACAGACCUGCCCUCCGAAGUGCUCUCCACGAAACGCCCAGCUGUCAGGGUCACCAUAUGGGAGAUCCCAUGAGAAACAGACCUGCCUGACCUCAGAGUUUGAGUCACGGCAGAUACUCUAAACUCCCAUGCAUCUGCAUACAUACAUAAAUAUAAGCAUCUUUGUCCUCUCCUCCUUCUGGUGGGUCCAUCACUGAGCCAUUUCCUGAAAUGCCCUUGGGUUGUCCCAUCCGGAGAAUGUGUGUGUGCGUGUUUGUGUGCAUGUAUAUGAGAGUGAAUGAAUGCUCUAUAAUGGGAGCUCUGUGCAACCUUGCUAAUGCCUUUAAUAGUUUUGUUCAUCAGAUCAUAAACGUUCUACCCUCUGGCAACUACCUGCCAGUAUAAAUAUUGUAAUGGCUUGCUGCACAUUUCGUAUAUAUACCCAAGCACGAAUGUAGGCACACAGGCGAUCAAGCACAAACACACUACAAAUGUACCAGCACUUUGAGAUUUGUGCUGUUAUUCUUUUUUUCUUGGACAAUACCCUGCUCGGAGGACACGAUUGGAAAGCAUUGCAUCAAAAUGAGCUGGAUUCAGGAAAUUGCCUUUUUCCCCCAUCCGCACUUACAGUACACAGGGUCGUUCCACCAAUAAGGUGCCUUUUGUCAUAAAGAGCACAUAUUCAACUUAUAAAACAUUGUUUUUCCCAUCUCAAGAGGUUUAAAAAAAUACUAUAGUAAAUGUGUAUU